CACAGGCUUCACUUUCCCAGCCUCAAUCCAACUUAUUAUAAAUCUCAGUUCCAAGCAAGAAAAUCAAAGGCUGCCCCAUCUAUCUAAGGUUGGUCAAAGAGGGUUGAGUCGACAGUGAAAGAAAGUAAAAGCGAGAAGGGAAUGUGGUUUCUGUUCGUGUGCGCCGACGAGGAAGAGAGGGAGUUGGGCAGGCAGCAAGCUCCAGGAUCAUGUCCUCACUGUGCAGGUAAAGUGCAGGCCUUGGACGUCGAGAGACAGUGGAAGUUCUGUUUCCUCCCCAUAUGUUUCAAGGUCAAGAGGAAAUAUAUCUGUACUCUGUGUUCCAGGCGCUUGGAACUCUGUAUUACUAGCUAGUUCCGGAACCUAAAUAAAUAUAUAGCUAGCUUCAAAACCCAGAAGAAGAGCUGCUUUUGCCGCUGAGGAUGAGUCUGUCGAUGCUUCACUCGCUCGAGGAAACAGGGUUUUUUGUAUAUUUAUGAUUUGUUUUUUAGCAGAUUUUCUUGAAUGGAUUAGGGUUUCAGUGCCAUUGGAUGCUCUAAUAUAUCGGACCUUCAUGAAUUGUA